CCAGGCCGGGCCUCUCCCAAUCCCAUCCCUCGGCAGGCGGAGCAGAUCCUGGCGGAGUUCCAGUUGCAGGAGGAGGACCUGAAGAAGGUGAUGAGACGGAUGCAGAAGGAGAUGGACCGCGGCCUGAGGCUGGAGACGCACGAGGAGGCCAGCGUGAAGAUGCUGCCCACCUACGUACGCUCCACCCCGGAAGGCUCAGAAGUCGGGGACUUCCUCUCGCUGGAUCUGGGCGGCACCAAUUUCAGGGUGAUGCUGGUGAAGGUGGGGGAAGGCGAGGUGGGGCAGUGGAGCGUCAAAACCAAGCACCAAAUGUACUCCAUACCCGAGGACGUGAUGACGGGCACUGCUGAGAUGCUCUUUGACUACAUCUCCGAGUGCAUCUCCGACUUCCUGGACAAGCAUCAGAUGAAGCACAAGAAGCUGCCCCUGGGCUUCACCUUCUCCUUUCCUGUACGGCACGAAGACAUCGACAAGGGUAUCCUUCUCAACUGGACCAAAGGCUUCAAGGCCUCAGGAGCCGAAGGGAACAACAUCGUCGGGCUCCUGCGAGACGCUAUCAAGCGGAGAGGGGACUUUGAAAUGGACGUGGUUGCCAUGGUGAACGACACCGUGGCUACGAUGAUCUCCUGUUACUAUGAGGACCACCGGUGUGAGGUCGGCAUGAUUGUGGGCACGGGCUGCAAUGCCUGCUACAUGGAGGAGAUGCAGAACGUGGAGCUGGUGGAGGGGAACGAGGGCCGCAUGUGCGUCAACACCGAGUGGGGCGCCUUCGGGGACUCUGGCGAGCUGGAUGAGUUCCUGCUCGAGUACGACCGCGUGGUUGACGAGAACUCCAUGAACCCGGGUCAGCAGCUGUACGAGAAGCUCAUCGGCGGCAAGUACAUGGGCGAGCUGGUGCGGCUUGUGCUGCUGAAGCUCGUGGACCAGAACCUGCUCUUCCACGGCGAGGCCUCGGAGCACCUGCGCACGCGCGGCGCCUUCGAGACGCGCUUUGUCUCGCAGGUGGAGAGCGACUCAGGCGACCGUAAGCAGAUCUACAACAUCCUGAGCACACUGGGGCUGCGACCCUCGGCCACCGACUGCGACCUGGUCCGCCGCGUCUGCGAGAGCGUGUCCACGCGCGCCGCGCAGAUGUGCUCGGCGGGGCUGGCGGCCGUCAUCAACCGCAUGCGCCAGAGCCGCAGCGAGGAGUCCAUGCGCAUCACCGUGGGCGUGGACGGCUCCGUGUACAAGCUGCACCCCAGCUUCAAGGACCGGUUUCACGCCAGCGUGAGGAGGCUGACGCCCAGCUGCGAGAUCACCUUCAUUGAAUCCGAAGAGGGCAGCGGCCGGGGGGCAGCCCUAGUGUCCGCAGUGGCCUGUAAGAAGGCCUGCAUGCUGGCCCAGUAAAAGCAGAAGCUGCUGCCCGGCCCUGGACUCGGGCUUCCGCCCAGACAGGGCCCUCCAACAGGUGCUGCCAGCCUGGGCCAGGUCUGGAUGCCUUCCUUGUAUGGACUGCAGAUGCCCAUCCAUCCCUACUGCCAGCCCCAGGAAGGCUGGGAAAGGCCCCACCCAGGCACCAGGCCUCUUCUCUGAGACAGUGGACCGACUGCCCAGGAACAUUGGCUGGGCCUUGGGGGUUGGGAGCUGGAAUGAGAGGAAUGGAGACCCCCCCGCCAAAGCUCCUCAUGUUUCUUGCUUGAGUCCCACCACCCAGAACAGAGUUGCCCGCUCAAGAUUUUGUUGGAUCUCUGCAUUGCCUGCAUCUCUGAGCUGUCAGCCUGGCGGACCCAGACCUGGCCUGUGUCUGGGGAGGGGGCUGCCAGCGCUGGGCACUGCUGUAGCUUCCCUGGGAGCUCAUCCCACAUGCAGGCAAGUCUCUGUCUGGCUUGGCUAGACUGCCUCCCUGUGGGGUGGGCAGCUGCUGGUCAACCAGGCCCAGGGGAGCAAUGGGAAGGGGACAGCUUGAUGGAGGAGGCUUCCAGGACUGUGGGUGCCCCCCAAGAGGCCUAGUAAUAAUGACCUUGCCCCUCCUAUAACUCCAAGUCCUGAAUUGCUUGGCCUGGUUUCUGGUCCUGGAAUGGACCCUCAUGGAAGGUGCAAGAGACAGAAUACCUGCCUGAGGGGUGGGACCAAUUCUGCAAGUGGGGAGCCCACACAGGGGAGAGGAGGCUCAGCCACACAGGAAGGUCAGGAGCCCCCUGCUUUUUAUCACAUGGCAUCCUGAGCUCCCACAACUGCUGCCCUAGGAGGAAACCCCAAGCAGCCCCAGCACCACCAGCCUCUGGCAUCCAGACCUUCGUCCUUCUCCUUACCAGCCUUCUCAUGUACCACGCCACCCUCCCCGUACCCAACCUGUAACUGGGUGGGUUUUUUUUCUUUUAUUUAAUUUUUUUUUUUUUUUUUUUUUUUUA